GUGCCCCUUCCCACAGCUUCUCAAGCGGCGCGCCAGCGCGCGCCGUGGCGCGAUGGCCGCGGCAGGCUGCGUGGCGCGCGCCGCUGCGUUCGCUCUGUCGCAGCUGAGCUGCCAAGGUUCCGUCGAGGCCCAGGAGCCUGGCGCGGUCGAGGGCGUCUGGCUGGCGGGCGCACGAGAGGACGUCGAGGGCAGCGAGGCCCGAGCCGGCGGCUUCGAGAUCCUGGCCGCCAACCCAGGUGGCCUUCCCACUGCCGUUUGGCUUGUGGGCCCCGGCGCGGACCGAUGGCGCCUACCACGUGGAGGGCCGCGUGCGCGUCGGGAGCUUCGCCGGCACCGUGCAGGCCGCGGUCGCCGCGCUGGCGGGCGCCGGCCCG